UUGAUUAGUGAGUUCGAAACCUUUCUAUGUGGAAGAGUUCCUGUAAUUUGUCAUUUACCUAGUUCGUGUUUCUGAUUUCAACAGUAUUAAUUAAUUUUUUUUCAUUGAACAAAUCUUGAAUUAAGUGUUAGGUAUACCUAUACCUAUACCUAUACGGUCUAGAUCAUGAAGUAUUAUUUUGUGAUUAUUCUGAUUGUUGGUGGACUCGAUGAGAUCUUCAGCAUUAGUCCACACCCAAAGAAUUUUUUAUGCAGUAAUGGUUUCUAUUUACGUAAUGAUUUCAUUUGUGAUGGUGUGAACCAAUGUGGUGAUUCCAGUGACGAAUACAGCGACUGCAACCGGGGUACCUGUCGUCCUGGAUCGUUUGCUUGUAAUUGCAACAGAAAUAGAUGCUUGAAUGCUACGAGUCGUUGCAACAAUGUCCCAGAAUGUGGCGAUGGCUCAGAUGAGAUGAAUUGUGGCAAAGAUGUGGUAACGGCUGAUUGUACGAUCACCAGGGGUAAAUUUCUCUGCCAAGAUGGACUCAAAUGUAUUGAUUUCAAUUUCACAUGCGAUAACGAUUGUAACUGUUAUGAUUGUUCGGAUGAAAGUACCGAUUGCUUGAAACAUAAUGAAAACUUCUGUAACACAUGCUCCCAGCCUUGCCUACCCACUCCAGAUGGUCCUCAAUGUGCUUGUUGUUCAACAGAGGAACACGAAAGUAGUCCUAUAUGCCAAGAGAUCUUACCCUGUGAUCCGAAUAACAAAUGUGAUCAAAAAUGUGUUCGAUUUUUCAACAAGGAACGAUGCUUGUGCGAUGAAAAUUAUCAAACUUCGAGAGAUGAAAUUACGUUCAAUAGUUAUUGUUGGAGUAAUGUAUCGCAUGAAAAUGUUCUUCUGUAUUCUACUACGAAUCAAAUAAAAGCUUUCAACCUCACCACCAAUAUCACAACUGUGAUCGAAGACAAAUUAAAUUGCUUAUCGUUGACUGCUGCCCAUAAUUACGUGUAUUGUGCAGUACGUCGAAAUAAUACCGCAUAUAUCUUGAAAAUUUCCCAAAAUAGCGAUGAAUUGAUCGAAAUUGUGAAAUCAGAUUCUCGUACUAUUUAUUCGAUCGGAGUAGAUUGGAUUACAGGAAACAUUUAUUUUACCACCAAUUUAUCUCUUUCGGUUUGUACCAACGAUGGUAAAAUUUGCAUGAAAAUGAAAUCUUUAUCGUUGGGUGAUUCCUAUCAUGUUGGUUUGGCUCCUAGAUUUGGAUUCAUGUUUUGGACGAUAAGUUCACGCAACGAGCACGAAGAAUCUAAAAUUUUCAGAUCUGCAAUGGAUGGUUCUGGUGAACGAGUUUUGGUAGGCGAAGAUCUACGAUAUCCUACUUCUUUAGUAGUCGAUGAAUUGACUGAACGCGUUUAUUGGCUGGAAACUGAUGUUCAGUUUUCGAUAAAAUCUGUUCAAUUUAAUGGUAAAAAUAAAAAGGAAUGGAUAUCGGGGCUUUGGCUUCCGUGGAAUAUUUUUGCCUUCAGCGUUUUUGAAAAAAUGACGUUCUUCAGCACCCGCACUAGUACGAUUCAUAGUGCGGAAAAAUUCAAUAAUUCCGGAGUCCAUAUUGUCGAUAAAAGUGCAGCUUCUGUGAAAUACGUAUUCGCUUAUAAUCCUCUUCUACAACGUACCAAGAUCCCCAACCCCUGUCAAGGAUCAUGUUCUGGAUUGUGUUUACUUCGUCCAUUAACUCCUAGAGGCUUGAAUCACACUUGCUUCUGCAAUUCCGUGAAAUCAAACAGUUCUACAUUCUGGUGUAAUAAUCCCAUCGACCAACCUGAAUCCGAUAGUGACAUAGAAUUCAUAUUGAACUAUCCUGUGCUGUAUUCAAUUUUAUUCGCAUUUUUAGCAGGAGUUGCAGUUUAUCAUGUGAUUCGAAAAUGCUUUUCUGGCAGAAGUGGUCAAAUGAAUGUUAGUAGUAGUAAUCCUGAUAAGUCACCUUGGUGACCUGACCACAUAAUUUAAUUUAAUUUUAUGCAGUUUUUCGAAGCAUUAUCUGAUGUAGAUAAGCUGCCACUGUCACCUCGAUAUUUUCCACGUAAUAUUCCAAUCAGUGCCUGUUUUUUUAUAACUUCCAGCACUGGUUGACUCAUUUCUUGCAAUGGAUUCUCAUCAAGUUUUCCUGGUAGAUAGAUGCAGCUUAUCUCUAAAAAUUAUCAUUAUUUUUCAUAUUACAUAUAAAUUUAGUCUUGAUGUACCUAUUAAAAAAAAAAAAAAAU